CGCCCUGUCGUCCCCGCAGAGCGAUCGCCGCGGCCAGAAGAGUUGGCGCUCGGGGCGGACUCCUUGGAACUGGCUUAGCGCACACAUCCCACCUUCCCGAACCCUGGGACCGGUAAGGCUGGGGAGCGGGGACUCGGUGGGACUUUGCCGGAGGGCAGGAGUCUGCGCGGUGAGUGCGCUGCUCCCUCUCGGGAGGAGACUGGGAAGAGCGAGGCACGUGGAGGCGGCGCAACUGAGGCUGGUGGAGGCGAAGCGGCUCCAGGGGCGGGUAAGGGGGGUGGACACUCGGGACUUUGGGGAAGAGGGAGGCCGGUGUGGAAAGGACCGGAGAGGCAGAACCGAGAGCGUCGGCAACAGAAGAGACUCAGCACCCAUGCCUGUUUUCUGCUGGGCCCUUUUUGAGCCUGGAAGGGAGAGACCUGGUGGUCCAACGGGCGCCCCUCCAAGCAGAGCCUUGGAGGGCAAGGCCGGCACCAUUACCUCCAACGAGUGGAGCUCUCCCAACUCCCCUGAGGGGAGCAACGUCUCUGGGGGCAGUCAGGCGCUGGACAAGCCCAUCGACAAUGAUGCAGAGGGCGUGUGGAGCCCGGACAUUGAGCAGAGUUUCCAGGAGGCCCUGGCCAUCUACCCGCCCUGUGGCCGCCGUAAAAUUAUCCUGUCGGACGAGGGCAAGAUGUACGGUCGGAACGAGCUGAUUGCCCGCUACAUCAAGCUCCGGACAGGGAAGACCCGCACCAGGAAGCAGGUUUCCAGCCACAUCCAGGUGCUGGCUCGUCGCAAAGCUCGCGAGAUCCAGGCCAAGCUAAAGACAAGUGCUGAGCUGGGCACCCGUGGUAGAGAGGACCAGGCAGCUAAGGACAAGGCCCUGCAGAGCAUGGCUGCCAUGUCGUCUGCACAGAUCAUCUCCGCCACGGCCUUCCACAGUAGCAUGGCCCUCGCCCGGGGCCCCGGCCGCCCAGCAGUCUCAGGGUUUUGGCAAGGAGCUUUGCCAGGCCAAGCCGGAACGUCCCAUGAUGUGAAGCCUUUCUCUCAGCAAACCUAUGCUGUCCAGCCUCCGCUGCCUCUGCCAGGGUUUGAGUCUCCUGCAGGGCCCGCCCCAUCGCCCUCUGCGCCCCCGGCACCCCCGUGGCAGGGCCGCAGCGUGGCCAGCUCCAAGCUCUGGAUGUUGGAGUUCUCAGCCUUCCUGGAGCAGCAGCAGGACCCGGACACGUACAACAAGCACCUGUUCGUGCACAUUGGCCAGUCCAGCCCAAGCUACAGCGACCCCUACCUCGAAGCCGUGGACAUCCGCCAAAUCUAUGACAAAUUCCCGGAGAAAAAGGGUGGACUCAAGGAGCUCUUUGAACGGGGACCCUCCAAUGCCUUUUUUCUCGUGAAGUUCUGGGCAGACCUCAACACCAACAUCGAGGAUGAAGGCAGCUCCUUCUAUGGGGUCUCCAGCCAGUAUGAGAGCCCCGAGAACAUGAUUAUCACCUGCUCCACCAAGGUCUGCUCUUUCGGCAAGCAGGUGGUGGAGAAAGUUGAGACAGAGUAUGCUCGCUAUGAGAAUGGACACUACUCUUACCGCAUCCACCGGUCCCCGCUCUGUGAGUACAUGAUCAACUUCAUCCACAAGCUGAAGCACCUCCCCGAGAAGUACAUGAUGAACAGCGUGCUGGAGAACUUCACCAUCCUGCAGGUCGUCACCAACAGAGACACACAGGAGACCUUGCUGUGCAUUGCCUAUGUCUUCGAGGUGUCAGCCAGUGAGCAUGGGGCUCAGCACCAUAUCUACAGGCUGGUGAAAGAAUGAGAGACUCGGGGAGCAGGGAGGGGGGAAGAGACGUGUGUGCAGGAAACGGGGACGUGGGGAGGGGACCUGCAGGGGCAGCCCCUGAAGUGCCAAGAGAGCUGAGAGGAGCAGUUGUGACUCUACCCAGGAACAAACUGUGCCUGAACCUGCGGUGCCCAACCCCAAAUAAACCCAAGAUGCUGUGUCUUUUCAGA